AUGUCCAUCUCCGACACCGUGAGCUCGCGGACGUCGCGUGCGAGCCGCAAAGAGAAGCGUUCGCUCGAGGUCCAGGCAUCGCAGGCCAGCCGCGCGAUCGAUGCACUGAUUGAGCACGAGUCCGAGCGUCGCAAGCGCGCGCGACACGCUCUCAGCGACAUCCCAGUCCUUGUUGUCGGGCCCUCUGGCGCAGGCAAAUCGACGAUAUGCAAGCAGUUCAGCAACUUCUACGCCCCGCACGUCCUCGAGGGCGAGCGCGCUCUAUGGCGGCCCCUCGUCUUCCUCAACCUCAUCGCCGCCGUCCGCGCCAUCAUCGACGACGUAGACUACGCGGUUGACACGGGUGCAGCAGUCGUCAAUCCCGAGGUCGCCGAGGUCCGCCAUCGCCUGCUCCCGCUUAUAUCGAUGGAGGACUCGCUCGUAAAUGAGUUCAAUCACGACACGGGCGUGGGGAGGCGCACGCGCCCAUGCAUGCGCCUGAGCAGCUUGCAGGACGGCGUUCCACGGCUGCCAGGGCCUGCACCUGUACGCGAGCUUGUGGCGCGAACAAUCUGCGAGAGCGCACACACGAUUCGCGAGCUGUGGCGUAACCUCUACGUCCAACACCUCGUGCGCGAGCGGAAGAUGCUCAUGAACAGCUUCUUCAAUGCGCUCCCUAGGAUAGUAGACAUCCCUUACGUGCCCACAAUAGAGGACAUCGUGCACGCGCGCGCGGACUCAUACGGCAUGAUCGAGUAUCGGAUACCCACUGAGCUGCGCGGUCAGCGGAGGACGUGGAUGCUGCAAGAUGUGUCUGGUGUGGGAGGUAGGAAACCUGUCUGGGCCAACUUCUUCGAUGCGGACGGUCUGUCCAAGGCUUCGAAGACAAUCGUGUUUGUGAUGUCGAUUGCGGCGUUUGACGAGUACAUCCUCGAAGAGCCCUUCACGAACUGCAUCGAGCACGCGCUCAAGAUGUUCGCCGAGAUUUGCUCCAAUCGCCUACUUGCGGGGGCGCACUUCAUCGUUAUGCUGAACAAGUGCGACGUGGUGAAGCAGAAGCUGCAGCGCGGGGUGCGGGUGCGGGAGUUCCUUCGUGGCUUUGGUAAACGGCCCAACACCUACGACGAGUACGCGGACUUCAUCCGCGCGCACGUCGAGCGCGUGUACGAGCGGCGGCCCGGUGCGGACAGGAUGCCGGGGGAUGGGAAGCGGUUGACGGUGUAUUUUACGACGUUGGUGAACAUCAAAGAGACGCAGAAUAUCUUGACUGGAUUGGGCGAGGUCAUACAGAGCCAGCGAGUCCAGCUGCCUUCAGAGUGCUCUGCCUGA